GGUCGGCCUCGCGCCGCGCGGCGACGGCCGCUGCGCGCUCCUUCAUCUUCGCCGCCUUCGCCGCGGCCUCGGCGGCCGGCGUGCGCACGGCGUCGGUCUCGGGCUCCGGAGGCGCCGCCUCGUCGACGGGUUCUGGCUCCGGCGCGACGGGCUCGUCGACGGGCUCCGGCUGCUCGGGCUCCGGCGCGGCGGGCUCGGGGCCGUCGCCGGGCACCGGCCGGUCCGGUUCCGGUGCCGGUGCCGCGGCGGCCGCUUCGGCCUCGGCAGCAGCAGCGGCUUCGGCCUCGGCCGCCGCGGCGGCCUCGGCGCGCGCCGCCUCCUCCGCCGCCGCCGCCGCCUGAUCGGCGGCUAAUCGCUCGGCAUCGACGCGCUCGGCCUCGAGGCGUUCAGCUUCCAACCUUUCAGCCUCCAGGCGCUCGAGCUCGGCCUUCUCGGCGGCGAGGCGCUCCGCUUCCAGCCGCUCCGCUUCUAGUCUCUCAGCUUCGAGCCGUUCCGCUUCCAAGCGCUCGGCCUCGAGCCGCUCGGCCUCGAGGCGCUCCGCUUCCAAGCGCUCGGCAUCGAGGCGCGCUGCCUCCUCCGCGGCCGCCCGGUCGGCCUCCGCCUGGCGGGCGGCCUCGGCCGCGGCCUCCUUGCUCGGGUCCGCGCGGCCGCCCCACCACGACCGGCGCGGCGGCGGCGCCGGCGUCGCGUCCUCGGCGGGCUCCGGCUCGGGCUCGGGCUCGGGCUCCGGUUCCGGUUCCUCCCACUCGGGCACCGGGUCGUCGGCGGGCGGCG